UUGAACGCACCCAUUGUUCGUUACGCGGCCGUUGUAUCUGGUUGGAUUCGUAAUAAUGCGGUAGUCCGUGUGAAUCUGUGAUAACACGCUCCGCAAAUGAAAUGAUAUAACAGCACGACGUUACAGCACGACAUAUCAACAUGGCGGGCACGGUGUGGGUCGAGGAUGAGAUCGGACGAAAGUGGGAUCGUUGUUUCACGGAUGCCAUUCUCAAACUGAGUGGCGGAGUAGUCCUCGGUGGAGUGUGUUCUCUGCUGUUCUUUAAAAGAAGGAAAUGGCCCGUUAUAAUUGGUGCUGGUUUUGGAUUAGGUAUGGCAUAUUCCAAUUGUGAGGGAGACCUAAACGGACUAGUACGUCAACCAAAAAGUUUGUAAACGCGAAGAGAAAUAAUUAGAAUAUUUACUAAAUAAAAGCAAAACUGCUCUUACUGUUGAAAUAAAAGCUUUGUUAGACUGAUAUUUUAUCAAUCUAAUCUUUAUACUUAGCGUUUAUCAAGACAAAA